CUAGUAGCGCCACCUAGUACAGAACUAGUGUAUGCAAAUGCCUUUCAUGCGGUUUGUUUAAGUUUGUAUAUCGCGCUCAGAAUGAUAGAUGGCGUUGACAGACAGCUGGCUUGUCGCUUGGCUGACUGGAGGGAGAUGGUUGUCAUGUCAAUUGACAAGUGUCAAAGUCGCUGUUGUAUACAAAACGUUCCAAGCUAAUUUAUUAUUUAUUUGUAAGAAACUUUGCAUCUUCUAUCUUCGGUUUGGGUUGGUGUUAAUGUUGCAAGAUUGCAGUGCCAAGUAAGAUCAAAGUGUUUCAUGUUUGGUUUCUUUCAGUAUUGUUCUAUAAAUACAAGCCUUCCGGGUAUCGGCGUAGGUUUUUCGGUUUGUAAGGUGCUAAUUGCUUUCUAGGCCUCCUUGUGAUGAUUCUGUUUAUCAAACUUACGCUAUGGCCUCACAGCAUUCAAGUCUCCUGCUGUAGUUCCUUACGAGGCGAGUGUCUUGUCAGUGGUAAUUUUACGAGCUUCGCAUUUGUUUACAACUCGUUUCCUGUGUGCCCUAGUCGCCCCCUAUGAAAUUUGAUGAAUCUGAUUCACAAUAAUGUUGAAUAUAACAUCUAAUAUGAUUAUGAGACUUAAUAUUAGCUUUGGUUUCAUUAUUUUCUGAGAAAUAGUAAAGUCUCUUUCAUUAUUUUAAAUUGAAACAGUUUUUAGGAAACCCUCAAAAAAAUCCACUCACAAAUGUAUCCAUAAGAUCAACAAAAUUAAAUAGAUUUCUUUUAGCAUUGGCACUAAGUUUGAAUAAAAUUAUCAGCCGCAGAGCCAUCUGAGAAGAGUACAAGGAACACUUAUUGAUUUCAUAUUCAUAACCAACCCCAUCACCAAUAGGAGUUUUAUGUAAGUAACUGAGGGCUAAGCCUGUCUUCGAUCGUACCCCAUUGUGUUAAACAUUCAGCGGAGUACGGAUGUUUCACUCGGACCACUGGCAUUGCGUUGCGCAGUCGUGCUGUUCUUGAUUGAUAGUUGAAAAGCAUUUUUUACUAACCAUAAUAAAGCAUUAGAUCUAUUACAUUAUUAAAAAUAUUAUAUUAAUAACCGGUGCAGUAGGUACUUCCAAGUGCAUUGUUCGUCCUCACACAAUGAACAUGGUGGUUUCUCGCCAUGCAGCGCGCGGGUGGGAGAAGGGCCUGUGCGCCAUGAGCCACACUCCUAUAGGCGGCCACCCGCAAGGUUGGGAUCACAAGCUUGCUGACAGGUCGUCGCUGCCGCCGGCAUCUGGGGAGGAGAAGAUCAAAUCUCAGUCCAAAUAUGUGUUCACACAACCACACCCCUCUAAGGCUGGGCUGGCAUGGCGCGAGCAGACGGAGGGCUCUUCGGGCAGCUCGGGCCGCUCCCACGCCUCCCCGCCCUACAUGCGGUGGGCGCGCAGCCUGCACGACCUGCUCGAGGACGCGGAGGGCGUGCGUUUGUUCCGCAAGUUCGUCAGCGACGCGGGCGGGCUGCACCUGGACCGCCUCAACUUCUACUUCGCCGUGCAGGGGCUGCGCCAGGAGACGGAGCCCAACAAGAUAUGCCAGGUCGUCUCCGCUAUAUACAAAUUCCUCCGCAAGUCCCAGCUAGCGAUGCCGGAGGAGCUGAAGACGCACGUGAAGCAGAGCCUCAAGGAUGGCUCCAACAUCGAGAGGACCAUCUUCGAUAACAUGGAGAAGGAGGUGACGCGGGCCAUAAACGAGACGACCUACCAGGCUUUCCUCAGUUCGGACGCGUACGUUUCAUACGUGAGUGCCGCCACCCAGCCACUCUCAUCGCCCGACCACUCGCCGCCCCCGCCUAGAGAGAUACCGGAGAUGGGCCUGGCCCCCCUCCCCGAGGGCCAGGAGGUCGGGGCGGGCGCAUACUCGGUGCCGCCCCGCCUCACGCUGGACGCGCUGCUGGCCACGCAGUCGCGCCGCCUGCAUGCCGACGUCGCGCCGCACCGCAAGCGUUCGGUGUACAGCGCGCACGUGACGUAUGCGGGCUACUGCCCCGCCUCCCGACACGACUCGGACCGCGCCUCGUUGAGCAGCGGCCGCACCGACAGCGACGCGGUCUCUCUGUCCGGCAGCAGCGUAGACGGCAUGUCGAUGCGGGCGCGCGAGAGCCGCGACGUGCGGCACCGGCCGCGCCUGCCCGGCCUCGACACCCACGCCUUCAUCAACAAGGAGCAGGACACCGCUAUGAUGAUCCCGAGAACACAACGCAUGCAGUCUGAGCAGCUGCGAGUAUUGCCACCGGAAGAGUUUGCACCGUUACUUAUAGAGAAACUGGAGCGCGUGCGUCGCGAUCAAGACUCCAAGGAACGCCUGGAGCGACGCCUAGCUGAGGGAGAUGAAGAGGGUAGUCAGGCGUUACCGCCGCAGUUGGUGGCGGCCGCCAUCCGGGAGAAGUUGCAGCUCGACGACGACAACGAUCAAGAUAUACUGGAUCAACACGUUUCCCGCGUUUGGUCGGAACGCACGCCGGGUGCCUCACCGCCGGGGGGCAGAAGGACCCGCUUACGGCACGCGGGGCAUCUGUCCCACGCGCCGGGGCAUCUGUCUCACAUGCCGGGGCACAUGUCCCACGUGCCGGGACACCUGUCCCACUCGCGGCGUGCCCCGUCCGCGCUGUCGGCCGACUCGGGGCACUACGACGCGCAGUCCGUCGAUGCGCUCUACUCGCAUUCUGCUAAGAGAUCAUUCGGCAAGAAGACUGUGACCGAGCUCACGGAUAGCGGAGUAUCGGUAGUCAGCUCCGGGGCGAGCGUCGAACCCCGGAUCCUGCUGUGGAUGGCGGAAGGGAGCGACCGGCGACACCGCGACCAUUCCUCGCGCGCCUCCUCCGCCGACCGCGACCGCGACCGCGACGACCAUCGGCGCGCCAAACCGUCGCCGAGACCCAGGGGCAGCAGCCAACGCGGUCAAAGCGGAGUAUCGGCAGGGGAGCACACAGUAGUGGUGGUUUCAUUCUUAGACGAGGCGGUGCCGUACCGCUUCAAGGUGCCGGCCGCGCCCCUCACGCUCAAGGCCUUCAAGGAAUACCUGCCCAAGAAGGGGAACUAUCGAUAUUUCUUCAAAACGAACUGCGCGGAUUUGGACACCGUGAUCCAGGAAGAGGUUUGCAGCGACGCCGACAUCCUGCCCAUGUUCGAGGGAAAAGUUAUGGCGCGCGUCAAACCCAUCGACUGAAAUAACCGUCACUAUACACUACACUACCGUAUUCACUACACUGCACUCAACUACCCAUACUAUCCACACUAACUCAUUACACUACACUCGCAAAAUAAUCCCACUAAAGACCGCCUACAAGGGCACUCGCUUGUGUCAAAGUUAAUUAGUAACUAUAAUUUCUUUUAGAAACCCAUAGGAACAAUAAACAUAUAUAAAUGCCAAAUUUUAGUCAAUUCCGUUCUGCCGUUUUUGUGUGAUUGAGUAACAAUAAACAUACAAAUUUCAUAUUCAUAAUACACUCGCUUGCAAAAUUAAGUGUAUCACAUUUUGAAAUUGCAAUUUUUUCUAAACUAUAGAAGUUAGUGAUUAAAAAUAAAAAAAAAUCGUUUUAUCGCUACUUUUCAGCUUUCUUUGAAACUGUAGUAUAAAAUUAGACUGCUUUUCGAAUCGAAUUAUUGCGGAAAUGCAUUUUUUGUACUUAACAAGUUAUUGCAAUAGGGAUGAUGACUAAUUAUUUUUUCUUCGUUUAUCGGGUAGAUUAUCAAAAAGUAUUGGA